AUGGCUUCAAUCACUGCUCCCGGUAUUCCACCGGUCACUUUAGAUACCAUCACUCAACAGAUCGGAAACACACCCCUCGUUCGAUUGAAUCGUUUGCCACAGAGCCUUGGAAUCGAUGCCACCGUCUACGCCAAGUUGGAAUAUUUCAAUGCCGGUGGUAGUGUCAAGGAUCGCAUUGCCUUGCGCAUGAUCGAGGAAGCCGAGCGAUCUGGUCGCAUCAAGCCUGGUGAUACCCUCAUUGAGCCCACGAGUGGCAACACUGGUAUCGGUUUGGCCUUGGUCGGUGCUGUCAAGGGUUAUAAAACUAUCAUCACGCUCCCGGAAAAGAUGUCCGCCGAGAAAGUCGCAGUUCUGCGGGCCUUGAAUGCGACUAUCAUUCGUACCCCCAACGAGGCCGCUUUUGACUCGCCCGAGUCGCACAUCGGGGUGGCCAGACGUCUCCAGAAGGAAUUGCCCAAUGCCCACAUCUUGGACCAGUACGAGAAUGUAAAUAACCCAUUGGCACAUGAGCUUGGUACUGCCGAGGAGAUCUGGACCCAGACCAAUGGCCAGAUCAAGGCUAUCGUGGCUGGCGCUGGCACUGGCGGUACCAUCACCGGUCUUGCUCGUGGUCUCAGGAAGCACAACCCCGAUAUUAAAGUGAUCGCCGCCGAUCCAUUUGGGUCGAUUCUGGCUUUGCCUGCCUCCCUCAAUGAAGCUCGUGCCAAUGAGCCUUACAAGGUUGAGGGUAUUGGGUAUGAUUUCAUCCCCGAGGUGUUGGACCAAGAGGCCGUGGACCAAUGGAUCAAGACCGAAGAUAGGGAAUCUUUCAAAUACUCCCGACGUCUAAUUGCUGAAGAGGGUCUACUGGUUGGCGGUAGCAGUGGCAGUGCUGUUGCAGCCCUGGUCAAGGCCAACGAGGCCCAAAAGUUCUCUAAGGACGAUGUUGUCGUUGUCAUACUUCCCGACAGCAUCAGAAGUUACCUUUCCAAGCCCGUGUCUGACCCUCUGGCCAAUGCCAAGGUCAGCGCCCUGCGCUUGAAGCCGAUUACCACGGUGACCGCCAAUUCCCCCUGCGAAACUGCUAUUGAGGUCAUGCGCGACAGAGGCUUCGAUCAACUCCCCGUGCUCGCUCCCUCUGGGCGCAGGCUCGUCGGUCUCGUUACGCUGGGCAACGUUCUCAGCCGAUUGACACACGGCCGGGCCUCGGGUCAGAGCCCCGUUUCAGAUGUUAUGUUCGACUUCUCCAAGAUCUCCGAGGUGGUUACCGAUCCCCGUGAUCUGUCCAAGGGCGUCGAUUCCCUCCAGCCUCGGACCCGGAGUCGUGGCUUCAUCGAAAUCACCAUGGAUACCCCUCUCAGUGUCCUGAAUCGCUUCUUCGAGUGGAACAGUGCUGCAGUCGUCACCGAGAAGGACGUAAAUGGUGCGAUGAAGCCAUUGGCUGUCGUUACCAAGGUGGACCUGCUCACUUGGAUGCUUCACCAAUCCAAGACGAAGGCAUGA